CCGGAAGGUGCGCACGCGCGCUGGCGGCCCGGAGGGCGGUGGCUCCCGCGACGUUGAGCGACGGAGCCCGCGGACUGGGCGAGCUCGCCGGCGGUGGCGUAAUCGCCCAGCCUCUCUGCGUCUCUUUUCCUCCGCCUCGGUUUGGGGCGGGGCAGGAGAAUGGCUUCGGAGAUGGAGUCGUCGCUCGAGGCGAGCUUCUCGUCCAGCGGUGCGAUGUCAGGGGCCUCAGGGUUUCUGCCCCCGGCUCGCUCCCGCAUCUUCAAGAUCAUCGUGAUUGGCGACUCCAAUGUGGGCAAGACGUGCCUGACCUACCGCUUCUGCGCCGGCCGCUUCCCCGACCGCACCGAGGCUACUAUCGGGGUGGAUUUCCGAGAACGAGCGGUGGAGAUUGAUGGGGAGCGUAUCAAGAUCCAGUUAUGGGACACAGCGGGACAAGAACGAUUCAGAAAGAGCAUGGUCCAGCACUACUACAGAAACGUACAUGCUGUUGUCUUCGUGUAUGAUAUGACCAACAUGGCGAGUUUUCAUAGCCUGCCGUCUUGGAUAGAAGAAUGCAAACAGCAUUUGCUAGCCAACGAUAUACCACGGAUUCUUGUUGGAAAUAAAUGUGACUUGAGGAGUGCCAUUCAGGUACCCACGGACUUGGCACAGAAAUUUGCUGACACGCACAGUAUGCCUUUGUUUGAAACCUCUGCUAAAAACCCGAAUGAUAAUGACCAUGUGGAAGCUAUAUUUAUGACCUUGGCUCAUAAGCUGAAGAGCCAUAAACCGUUAAUGCUUAGUCAACCCCCUGAUAACGGAAUUACCCUGAAGCCUGAACCAAAGCCUGCAGUGACGUGCUGGUGCUAAAUCACAGUCUAUAUUGUACAAUCUAAUUUUGACUAAAGGAAUACUUUUGAAGUAUGACAGUGAUAAGUCAUAGAAUUUAAUCUCAAAUAUAAUGGAUCAUCCUGACACUUUACUGUUUAUCAUUGUCAUGCUUAUUUUUGUAUUUUGUAUCUACUUCAUCAAGUUUGUCACUGCGGCAACACAAGGAAAAAGUUAGUUUUCAGGGGUUGAAGUGAAACAGAGUUAGGAUGAAUCAGAACAUCUUUCCAUUGAGAGCCCAAUGAGGAGGCUUCAAAUGAGAGUAUGAUGGGAUUUUAAGAGUCAGUGAUUGUUUAAUCCUGUGUUCCUGGGAUUGAAAAAAUAUAUUAAGGGUUUAGUAUACUUACUCGUAUGUGCAUUGAAUGGGAAGUGUUCUCAAUAAGAUAAAAACUGGUAUUUGCCUCUCCCUAGAGUUCUUUCUUUGUAUUAUCAAUGUACUUAAAUGCAUUAUUAUUGGUACAUUUUAGAGCCAAGACUUUAGUUCCAGUGGAAGGAGAGAGCCUAGAAUGUUUUCUGGUUCUCAGUCCAUAAAGAAUGACCUUUUCAACAGUUCUAGAUGCUUGAUAUUUCAAAUCACUAUCAAUCAGGUCUACAAAAAAACAAUCAUUGUUAUUUCUAAAAGAGUAAUUUGAAUUGUUUUCUUACUAAAUUCUACACAAUAUGCAAAAGUAAAUCAGAUAAUAAGGUGCUUUAUACUUUAUUUUGAUACCUUUAAACAGUGAAAAACUAAUUGAAAGAUUUGAGGAGGUGUAAUUUGUGGAAAAAUAGCUAAACAUGGUUCCUGGCUACCACAAAAGACCUAUUCCUGGCUUUUUGUCGAGCUGUGUGUCAGACAUAGUAUCUCUUGCUCUCCCCCAACCCCCAAUCAAUUUAAUGCCUAAAGGCUGAAUAAGCAAAUCAUCUUCCAUUUGGAUUGUAACUCUGAGGGCAUACCUGUAAUUGCUAUGAGUCUACAUUUUAUUUCUGUAGUAGUACAUUACAGUACUUCUGUUGUUUAAAUCUUUAAAUUUUUAUGGUCACAACAAACUACUCCUCCUCAGUAUAAAAAAUAAAUUAGAUGUUGAAAAAUAUCUAGUCUAUCCCUUGGUGGUAGAAAGAAAGAAUAUUUCAAAAAGUUUUUUUACCCUAAAUACUUUUAUUUUGAAUUUAAGACUUUGCACAUAGGAAAUAGUAAGCUUGCAUGUGAAGCUAUUACAUGAAUGGAAUGUAAGCCAUGAACUUUAUCUGAAGUGUGCACAUUUACUAAUUCUGAAAGAUUGCUGAACUUAAUAAUUUUAGAGGAAAUUAAGCCAAAAGAUGAUUAUAUGUAAAAUAUUUUCAGAAUGUGGGAAACCAAUUAAAUAUGUGAUGUAAUCUAAUUUAGGAUUUUUUGUUUAAUCGUGAUGGUGGUCCUGACUGGAUAAUUUACUUAUGAAAACAAGAUAAUUCUAUUAAAUGUACUAAUGGAAAGUAAUAAUUAUAGGAAAUAAUUAUUCUGUUUUAAACAUUAGAGCUUAAGGAAAAACAAAUUGGCUUUGUUUGCUUUUAAGAAGAUUAAUCCAUUUUUCUUAUCAUGGUAGAAUUAAAAAUGGUUUGACUUUGUCUAAAUUAGUGUUGAUUUGCAACUAUUUUUAUAGUAAAACAAUGACAGCUGUUAUAAUUGUCAUGAGUGUAACAGUUUUUUAAAGAAGGGAAUCUGUUUAUUGCUUAUCAAAACAUUUUCUAAAGUGGGGGAGGAAAGUUUACAGACUUUCCAAGCACAUUUUUUUUUCAGUGCUGUUAUUAACUCAUGUUUUUAUAUAUAUAUUUUUUUUAUUUUUUGGCUGUGUUGGGUCUUCGUUUCUGUGCGAGGGCUUUCUCUAGUUGCAGCAAGCGGGGGCCUCUCUUCAUCGCGGUGCGCGGGCCUCUCACUGUCGCGGCCUCUCUUGUUGUGGAGCACAGGCUCCAGACGCGCAGGCUCAGUAGUUGUGGCUCACGGGCCUAGUUGCACCACGGCAUGUGGGAUCUUCCCAGACCAGGGCUCGAACCCGUGUCCCCUGCAUUGGCAGGCAGAUUCUCAACCACUGCACCACCAGGGAAGCCCAUUACUCAUAUUUUUAAAAAGGUAAUUUAACUUUAUUUCUUUUUUGUAAGAAGUUAGUAGUAAGUAUCCUUUAAAGUUCUGUAAAAGAACUUAUUUUUUCACUUUAAUAUUUAUUAAUUUUAAAAUAUUUGUAUCCCAUUUGUAGUGAUUUAUUGUUUUAAUUUUUUCUACAUAUGUGUUUACUUUUAAAAAGAACAUACUUAUCAGUUGAAUGGGGAUAAAGCUUUUAGAUAUUUUCCAAAAUAUUUAUAAAACACUUCACAGACUAUUGAGAAAUCACAAAAUGGUGGCUAUCAAACAACUAAUUAUUAAUUUUUAAAGCACAAAUCACACAUUUUGUAACUCCUGUAUGAAUUUAUUUUAACUGUGACCUUUAGUUGAAAACCUCAGAUAUGUUUUGGAAAAGUCAUAAUUUGAGAACACCAAAGGAAACUAAUCCAGAUUCUAAUGAAGUUAGCUAUUAAUGACAGUGCUUUAUUGACAGUAUAUUGCUAAUACAUUUCCUCAUGAAAUCUAAACUAGAGUUAAAUAAUUUUGUUAUGGAAUAGCGUCACUGUAACUUUGCCCUCAUGAAGUUCAAUAAACCAGCUUUGGUAUAAAGAAA